AUGAGCUGUCUGGAUGUUAUGUACCAAGUCUACGGUCCUCCCCAGCCUUACUUCGCAGCAGCCUACAGUCCUUAUCACCAGAAAUUAGCCUUUUACUCGAAGAUGCAGGAAGCCGCCGAGAGCGCCAGCACCAGCGGCAGCAGCAGCUCCUCCUUCUCCAACCACGCCGCCCCGGCCAGCAUCAAGGAGGAGGAGUGCAGCCCGGAGAAAGAGCGCCCCCCCGAGGCCGAGUACAUCAACGCCAGGUGUGUCCUGUUCACCUACUUCCAAGGGGACAUCAGCGCCGUGGUGGACGAGCACUUCAGCCGAGCCCUCAGCCAGCCCAGCAGCUACUCGCCCAGUAGCGCGAGCCUCAAAGCCGUCGCAAGGAGCUCCGCCCCUUGGAGAGAGGGAUCUUUUCCCAUGAGCCAGCGUAGUUUCCCACCCUCCUUCUGGAACAGCACUUACCAACCUUCCUCUGUGCCUGCCUCUUUGGGCAGCCCACUGGCAGCUACUGCCCACAGUGAACUGCCCUUUGCUACAGCGGACCCUUAUUCUCCAGGCUCACUACACAGCCACCUUCAUCAGGGCCCCCCGGAACCUUGGCACCCAGCUCACCACCACCAUCAUCACCAUCACCACCCAUACAUCGGUGCACAGAGUUCUGCUUACCCUCGGCCCACCACAGUGCACGAGGUCUACAGCCCCCAUUUUGACCCUCGCUAUGGUUCGCUGUUGGUGCCUGCUGCUUCUGUGCGUCCCCACCGCCUCACUCCUGCCUCGGUGCCCACUCCAGUAAGCCCUCAGUGUGAGCUAGGCAAGAAUGAGCCUGCCACAUCAACAUGGACAACGCCAGCUCCUUUUGCUGGUCCUGCGGGAGAGAUGGCACAGAGCUUAGGGCUGAAUGUGGAGACAGGUUUGCAACCUCAGGAUAAAAGCAAAGAUCUCUACUGGUUUUAG